AUGAGAACUCAGGCCCCUGAAAACUGCCAAAGCGCCGAAGAAGAGAAGAAGAAGGAGUUGUCCUCGCAAAAUUCUUCCCACUGUAUGGCUGCGGGUCUCUUUGGCCGAGUGGUGGCUGAUGAAGGCCAUAUGUUGAAAACAAUAUCCACUCGUGUCCAUCAAGUGAUAGACAUCUGUGGGUUCCUAACAAUCCUCUACAAGGAAGAGUGGGACGAUAUUGCGGCCGCCUCACCGGGCUCAGGAAACGAGGAGUACCAGCAGUAUGCCGCCCAGGAAACAACAGAGCCGGCCCCUCUUUUUCUGUUAUCGCCAAACCGUUUUGUGAAGUUGAUCCGAAAAGGUCACUUGGAGGCACGCGCCGGCCACUAUGUCCUGAAGGCGAUCAUGCCGCUCAUCUGUCUCCGUCGGGACAUGGGUGAGCGCAUGGACAUAGACGGCCAGAGGGUCUGUGUGAUCGGCGGCGAGAUCCCUCCGAUCAAGGUCGGAACAGUGAAGCUACGCUAUCCGCCGGCCGUCCAGGAGGAUCAUGAUCUCAUGUACAAUGGCCUGACCCAGCGGCUCAAGGGCGUUGGGGGCGCGUUGGAGAAGUUAACCGCCGAGGACAUCCAGGGCGCCGGGGGAACAAUGGACACGACGGCCGUGCGAUGA